UGAAAUACUUCUGGACAAAAUGAGGAACCGAAAUAUGGUUGUUCAAGCCUCGGGUUGCUUUCCUUUAAACCCCUCAAAAAACAAAAAAAGAAAGUAUAUAGAAAAUGUACAGCCUGAAGAGUCUUCUGAAGAUUCUUCAACAGAAGAUGAUUCCUCUGAAGAUGAAGUCAAAGCUGAAAAUAGUGAUGAAAACAUUGGUUUCAAGGUUGAUCCAAAAAGAAUUGGGAAUUCCAAUUGGUGUCGUUGUGGGAUGUGUGCACCUAUGAAAACAGGCAUAGAAAGCCUAUGUUGCUAUGACAUCGAUGAGAUGUAUGAAAAGGUUCCAGAAGAUGCAUUCUGUAUCACCGACAACAUUGAGUUUCGGAAUGAAUGCAUCAGUUUCGAGAGGCAAGACUGGAACUACCGUAUGUCAAACUUGAGAAUUAGACAGCAACCACGAUGGCCUGAUUAUAUGAGGUCGCUACGUAGGCUUGCUUAUCGAGCCUAUAUCGUUUGGAUAUACAUUUUCCUUGGAUUCCAAAACAGGAAACCGAUCCCCUCAUGUGUAGUUAGAGAAAUACGGGGAACAUUUCCAGACCCCCAAGGAAAUUAUGUAGGAUUCUUAUUUCCCUCCGACUUUGUGGCUGGGGAUAUGGCCUACGAGUCUGAAUAAAGACUUGGGUUUACAGUACUUUGUUUUCUUUUACUAUGUUUAAUAUUUUCUACAUGAACAGUUGUGUUAUUUAAAUGAUGAAUAACUGAAGAGCUGAGCCAACAGUUAGUUGUUUAAAUAUUUUAUUUAUUUGGAUUUAUAAGAGAUAUUUAAAAAUUAUACAUGUUGUAUUAUGACCAUAAUAAUCAACAUAUAUUGCUAAUAUCUAAACAACUUAUUUUAUUUGCAAAACUUAUUAUUCAAA